AUGUCUCCCAACAUGCCUUCCCAGCGGCCCUUCUUCCUCUCCACCUUCCUCGCCGCCUUCAGACAGCCCUCCUCCCCCUCGCUAGCGACGACCACCUCCUCUCAACCGAACAAGCACACCACACAGGCCUCAAGCAACUACAAUUCCGCGGGAGGCGCCUCCGCGCCGCGCUCCAUCGCCUCGUCCGCCCACGCCCAGGCGCAGUCCUCAGCAGCGGCGCAGGCGCAGGCGCGUCUGCACUCGCCGCGACAGCACAGCGCCAUCCCGAUCCCGCAGCAGGGCGGAGCAGGCGGAGGCGGUGCGGCGGCGGGCAGCAGGCGGCGGGGCAGCGACAGCUCGUCCGAGGGCUUCCGCGAGGUGAUGGGCGCCGACAAGUGGUACAUUGGCGGGCGGACGGCGGGCGGCGAGGAGAAGUUCUUCAAGCUCGGCGUCGUGCGGCGGGUGCGCAGCGGGGAUCGGCUGAGCAUAGACCGGCUGAGCUUAUGA